UCGGAUUUAGAUCAUUAACAGGUGUAUCGGACCCAAGUGAAAGGGACAAAGAUGUCGGUUGUCCGAGUUCUCUGUUUCGUUGCAGUCUUGCAUUGUAUGUCUGCAUUUGUCCUCCAGAGCGAUGGUGAAAAGGUAAAUCAAGAAAAAAAUGACAUCAAGAGAAUAAUAGAGCUUUUGCGGAAAGAAAAUCUCCAAAAAUUAGCCGAUACCCAUAUUGAUGAACUCCGCAGUACACUUAGAAAUGUGGAGGAAGAUGAAGAACCGGAACAAUUCAAAGAAUUGGACAUUGCCGAGGAGGAAGAGAUGGAGAAUUCCCUGAGCUUGUUUGAGAACUCGGAAACCAGAGGAUUUCUUGAAAAAAAUCUUAACAACAAAAAAAGUGACCAAGAGGAAUCGCAGGGAAAGGAGGAAAAAGAAUUGGAAGAAGCUGAAGACCUACAAGGAAGAUCUUUGUUGGACACAGAUGGUGGACAUGGGGCGGAGAUUGAUGGAAAAGUUGAACCUGAAGAUAACCCUGAACUGUUUUCACUGCUGAACAGCUUUUUGGACGAGAAGAACGGAGUUAAAGAACAGGGUGCUGGAUUGAACCAAGCUUACAAAGCACAGAAGGAUGGAAUGGACUCCCACAGGCUGACACAUGAGCAGAAAGUAGAAUUAGGCUUAGAGUCUGAAAAUCCAGGCAAGGAAAAGAGAAAUUUUAUCACUAACACGAACGUUUUUUGGCCCAAUGGCAUUGUACCAUACGAAAUCAGCAGUGAUUUCUCAAGUGCCGAGAAAACAGUUAUCGAAACAGCAAUAGCAGAAAUGGCAACCAAGACCUGCGUCCAAUUUUUACCCAAGGCUCAAACUGAUUCAAAUGUACUAGGACAUGAUUCUUACAUAAGUUUUUUCAGUGAGAGAACAGCAUUGUGA